AUGCCACGCUCAUCAGCUGCGGCUAGGAAGAACCAGAGCAAUCGGCAGGAAAAUGGCCUCGUCGGUCCCGGCAAGAAAGUAACCAAGCAAAAGUCAAGCAGUCAACUCAACGGCAACUCGGGCAACGGCUCUGCUACCGGUCCGGGCGCGUCCGCUCACUUCGAUCUAUCCUCCGUACGUUCUACAAGCGACACGGCCCUGACCUCUCCGACUGUCAGUAAAGGGGAUAGUGCCAAGGCGGACGGAAAUGUGCGGGUGAAUGGACACAGCAAGGGUGAGGAGAUGGCGUAUGAUCAGUCGAACGGUGCUGUGCCCCAGAACGGGGGCGUGGCAGCUCAUGGCUCUCGCAGUGGAACUUCGAAACGAUCCGGUUCCAAUGCGUCAAUUAAUCCGCUCCAACUCGCCUCGACCAUUUUGAAAUCGUGCCCGAUGUACGACACAAUCGCCAUCUUGAUUUUCCUGCUACAACUUCCUCCGAUGGUCUUGACUCUGGUUCAGUUCUUGUUCGCUUCCUUGACUUUCAUGCCUCCCAGUGGCGCCGCGGCCGGUUCUUUGUCGUCGAAUUUUGAUAUUUUUCAGGGUCCGGCUGGAACUCCGUCGCUUGGGACGAUGAUUGCGAUGGAUGGGUUCUGUAUACUUCUCUGGGGCCUCUUUAUGUGGACCUGGGCGCAGAACUUUGCCAUCGACCUCGCGCAUGUUCAGGUUGCUAUCACCUUGGGCGGCGGGGGGUCCGGGAAGAACAGCGGGGUCAAUGGUCUCUGUGUCGGAAUAGUUCUGCUUCUUCAUCUUGUUCGCAGCAAAGGCAUCCAGGACUUUGUUCUGGGUCACCUUGUUUCUACUAAACUUAUCAGUCCCGAUGCGCUCUCUCAGUAUUCGCACCUGUUACCCGCCGAGUUCCGACGAUCCGAAACACAAACGUCCCCGAGCUGGCUCCGCAGCCUUCUUGCUGUACAUAUUCUAGCACAGGCAGGAACCGCCAUGGCUCGACGAUCGAUGGCCAAGAAUCGCUCACCUACACCAUUACGGACGGGAAAACGCGGGGAUACAGAAGCUUCCGCGGGUUCCCAGGGCCAAGCUGAUUCCGCUCUUGAAUCGGCUGCCAGUGUUUCGUCUUCUUUUGUUGGGCCGGAUGGCCAACUUAAGGAUGGGAAGGAUCGAUUUACUUCGGCCAAGAAACGCAGAAGGCAAGCCAAUCAAGUUCGGAGUCGGCAACCGUUUUGGGCCGCGCUUGCGAGUACAAAGGUUACGGUCAUGCGAGAAUACGAGCAUUCACGGGCUAUAUCUAAAACGGCACGCAAUCUUACUAUGACGGAGGAAGAUCUCCAAGGUGCUUCUCUUGAUGAUGGACUAGUGUGGAUCACGGAUGUGGACAGCUCUUCGAUCAAAUAUGCUGCGGGUGAAUUUACCGAUGAUCCCGCUGUAUCGGGAUCAUUCGAAGGAGGCCGCUUGGACGGAGACAUGGAACCGUUCUACGUUUGUGUCAAUGGUGCGCUCUGGGCUACUGCCACUAUAUGCAGGGUUUCAGAUGUCAAAGGGCCAAAUGUCGUUCAAUGGCGUGGUGAGAUCUCUGGACUUGCUCCGAAUUGCGCCUAUACCUGCGCUUUCGUGCGAAGCAAUACCGACGAGGAAAUCUGUGUCAUGAGUGUCAAGACGCCUGCAACGACCGACACAGAGCAAGUUAUUUCCGCGGUAUCGACACCCCCGCAACCGCCAUAUCGACCAUCAUCCCCUACAACCACGCUCAAAAACUCCAUCGUCAAUGCGGAAUCCAAGCUAAAUGAAAAACGCGCGCGCCUCAAGAAGACAAAGAACGACCACAAAGUUGUCAUCUCGAAGAUACGGAAAGAGCUCGACAAUUUCAACCAACGCCUCCACAGCGGAACAGACGAGAAUCGGCAAAAACAACGUUCAUUCCAGCUGGAACGAAAUAUUCGGCAAACUGAGGAAGCUACCGCAGCUCUGGAAACACAACUAGACAGCAUGGAAACUGUCCCAGAAGAAGAGAUGGAAGAAUGGAACGCACGCAAGAAAGACUUCGAGCGCGAGCUGGAAUUGUUCAACGCUAUCAAGGAGGAUGUGACUGCUGCUCGGGCAGCUGGCGCUCAAGAUGUGGCCGCACUUGAGUCAGAAUUGACUCAGGCUGUUCAGAAGCGCGAGCGCCUCCAAAGCCGCCGCACCCGCGUGAAUGAGCAGUAUGAGCGCAUCAUCUCGGCCAAUGCCCAAGGAUUAAACGAAAGAGAACGCCGUGCCGCGGAACAAUUUGCCAGGGAGCAGGAUCAGUCGAAGAUGGAAGCCAAUUUCCACGAGCAAUUUGGAAGCAUCAGCCAAUCCGUUCAGGAUUUCCAGCUGCGCACCAGUCAACUCUGGCAGCAGGCAUCUGCGAUUGAGCAGUCCAUUCAACAGCAACAGCAACAGAUGCUCAUUGAUUCUGGUCCUCUGACACCCGAGGGUAAUCUGCCCGGUACCAAUCCUCUUCCCGAGACCAGCGGAAUGCCAUUGAACGCAUCUACUUCCACUGCACCCACUGCCCGAGCUCUGUUGGGUCUUAGCUUCCCUCCCGCGAGGUCUAGUCCACUGCAGAUCUCGUCCUCUCCAGUCCGCGAUCCUUCGUCACACCCAACAAGCCCGUCCCAGGACAUUCCAUUCCUCCCGCAGUUUCCAAGCUCCCCAGUCGGUACUGGAGGCUCUUACUUUGGCUCAGACAUCAAUCACCGGGAUCGUUCGUUCUCCAAUCGCUCCACUCGCAGCAGUCAAUAUGGCUCUGACUUCUUGGACUCGAACCGCAUGCCGCCUCUCCAGCUUGACCUGUCUGAACUGUUGUCUGACAAGCCUCGGCCCGGGUCUGAAGGAAAUGGCUUUCUGCACCAAGGUGGCCGUCCUGUUCUGAGUCCGUUCCAGCGAGCAGCAAGUCGAGGCAGUGGUACUGGUAGCGGUAGCGGUGGCAGUGGAAGUGGAACCGGCAGUCCGCAUUCUUCGCGUGAUUAA